AUGGAUGGCAACCGAAAUGGGAGGCCCCGAAUGAAGGUCGUUAAUUCUCCCCAUUGGAAGGAGAAGGUAUCUCCAGAGUUAUCGUCUAUUCCCUUCCGUUUGCUCUGUGCAAUUGCUUCAUGCCAUCAGUGUCUAAAUUAUUUUUUGGGUCAAUUUUUUUUGCAGCUCAGGGAGAACUGUCUGAGAAGAGUUCGGGAAGACAGAGCUCACUUGCUUUGGAAAAUUAGAUUGUCGGAAAGCCAGGAACCGGAUCCGAAGGUUCCCUUUGUUAUUAAUUUUGAUAAAUUUAUAUUUUUAAAUGAUAGUUUAUAUAUUCUCUCUUUAGAACAAUCCUCGAUUAUCGGUUUCCAUGGGUGGAAGUUGGACAUAUCACCUUUAAGAUGGACUUGAAUAAGUGCCCUCCCCGCCCAUGGUUAUUAGGAUAGUUUAUUAGGCUCACUUGGAUCUAAUAAUGAACUAGAAGCUUUAAUAAAUCGUUAGUUUUCCUAUAUACCGCACGAGUUACUCUUGUUCUGAACAUCUUCACAUAGAGAAUAAUGUUUUUCCUACCGAAAUAGAGACAAUUUCAAAUAUUUUUUGUGCAUGGGUCUCAUUGUAGUACGGUUUUAGCAUUAAAGAGAUGGUACAUGGUAAUCUUAGUAGCUAUUAAAGGCACAUGGAUAAUUAUUUGAUCAAACCUUUCAUGAGGGCAAGGUGACAAGAAAGAGAAGGCUGAAAAGCCAUCCAGGCAGAAGUACGCUAGUACUCAAGUAAAUUUGACACGCUCUUAAAUUAUUUUCUCUUCACUCUCUGUCAGUUUGCAAUCACCCAACCCAAAGCCGCUGUCGCAGGUUUUCAAUAGUUUUUUGGCGUAUUUCUAUUUGUGGGUAGUUGAUAGUCAUAGUUCAUCUGUUGUUGAGGGUAAACAUGAGGAAAAUGAAAUUCAAAAUCAAAAGGCUAUCUGAGUCAAAAUAAGCCUUGUAACCUUAACGAUGACACGGUUCAAUUUCAUAAUAAUGUCCAGCAUGUUUUUUUCUGUUGCAUCAAAUGCAUUGCCAGUUGGCGUUCUAUUUUGCGAUGUGUGUCAACUUCUUUGAGAGUGCAUUAUUUUUCUUAUGUGAGCCUGUAGUCUCAGUGAUAUCUUCAUUGGAUUUCCCUUUUUGUUUAUAGGAAACAGUAGAAUCUGCUUUCAAGGGGAUAGUUGCCGCCGAACUAAAUAAAAUUAAAAAGUCAACUCUGAAUGAUCGGACUGAAAUUUUGGCAUCCGACUAUGAUGAUUUGUUAUGGGAAUACAAUGAUCGUCAAAUGAACCACUCUUCAGCUGAAAGCAACUACGAGGAGCUUUUAAUAGAAAUGGAAAAUCUCCUGUAUGAAGAUAUGAAGGAGGAAUUGAUUAGAAAAGGUAAUAUAGGAUCUAUAAGCACAUGAACAAUAUGUUCUUCAUUUUCUAUUAAUUGGAUGUUGCCGGUAUUACGAAGGCACUUUUCUUCCGAGAAUAAACUUCAGAUUGAGAAAAUUGAUCACAAUUAUGAUUACUAUAGAUUGUUCCAUAUGCAGAUUGCCGGGCCUUUUUACAGGUUUUUCGAUGAUUCUCUUGCCAUUAUCAUGAUCCUUACCGUUUUUUGUGCAGAACUUGAAGUCUAUGAAGAAGAGGACGAGUAUCUAGCCAAAGCAGUAUUUGAGCACAUGCAACUGAAUGAUGGGGAGGUAUCUGAAUAAAUUUAUGUAGUAGUAUGUUGUAUAUGGAAUUUUUCUUUGAAUCUGUUAUGAAUAUAGUUAAUAUAUCCGUAUAUUGCGAAUUAUGGAACAUCAAUUUUCUUACAUCAUGUUCUCUUCAGAGUUCAAUGAAUGCUCAUUCAUGGAACCCGUUCAAUUAACAGCUGUAUGAAAAUGGGACGGGAAUAUGUUCAGAUUAGCAAUGAGAUAAGCCGUCUUCCCUUGCAGCGGUCUAGGAUCUAGAACAGUGGAAAAAAGGACUACCAAUGAAAUGCCAAAGGUCUCAUGAGCUCUAUCAAUCUAUAAACAACGUAGGAAGAUGCUUCUACUAGAUUAGGCUUCAGAUUAUGGCCAAUCGGGAGGUUAGACUGGUGAUUGCAGUCAUAAUGCCUUCGCUUCUUUGUACCAGCUUGUAGAAUAUUGGAUUAUGGCUAUGGGUUUAUCUCCAUCCUGCCGGGUUGUGUUGUUUAUUGGAUAGACUACGUACUGUUUGAAUUUUGUCCCUAGACCGAAAAGAGAGACACCAUUUGGUGCCCAGUCUGCAAGCGAGGAGAGCUACGAGAAGCCCAUCAUCUCAUUUGCUGCACCGGCUGCAACCUUCAUCUCGACCUUGGAGACGACAAGGUGCUACUCAUCAUUCUUUGCUCCCCGUUUUUUCUCUAUUUUCUUCUAAUUCGUUCAAGUAAUUGGUCGAGCACGAUGGUUACCACGUGCUGGGCGUCGGAGAUCUGGGCAAAGCUCUUCUCUCAGAACUUGCGGCGGUGUAGUUGCUGCCAUGGGAGGCCUGGGUUGGGCUCCUCCCAGUUCAUCUCCACUCUAAAGAUCUCUGGUGCAGGUGAAUCUGGAUUUCCUGCGUAAUCGGCUGGGUGAAGUCCACGAGGAGCACCUCGAUAAAGGAUGCAGAGCAACGCCAUCAUUUUUCCUAGAGACCGGAUUCGGCUUAACUGCGUUAUAUAUUCGAUGCCAGGCUUGUGGUACCUUCGAGAUCAUAGUAUGA